GACACAGAGCAGCUUUAUUACAGAGUCAACCUGUUGGAUCAGAUCAAGCUUUCGAAUGGCCAUUAACAGAGUGAUGGAGAGAACUCCAAUCUGCUGCACUUUUGCUUCACUGGUCGCUUUGCUCGUCCUCCUCUUACUCCCUGUGAGGUCUUGGUGUAAAGAAGACAACUAUAGAGCCCUGUCAGAGGCUAACACAGAGUGCUGUGAAGAUGUGGCCAUAAGGAGGUUUGAUGACAUCGAUUACGACAGCUUUGUGAGUCUGAUGGGAAGGAGAAGUGCUGCUCAAACAACCAGACAAAGAAAUGCCCCAAUGUCAAGAAAAAGACAGAAGGAGAACAUCCUGGCUGAUCUGCUGUGGCGGAGGACAAGUUACAACUCUCCUGAAUGAAGAUGACGCAGCUCC